AUGUCACCAAAAUCUGUCCUAGUUACCGGUUGCAGUGAAGGCGGGAUAGGCGAUGCCCUCGCUAAGGAAUUCUCCCGCCGAGGGCUUCGCGUGUUCGCAACAGCGCGAGACCCCGCGAAAAUGGAACAGCUCAAGGCAAUGGGGCUAGAAACAAUACAGCUGGAUGUCGUUGACAAGGACUCCGUGAGCAACGCCGUUGAGACCGUCCGGACAGCUACCGGCGGGUCCUUGGACUUCCUUGUCAAUAACUCGGGCUCAGGCUACUCCAUGCCCCUCUUGGAUGCAAAUAUCGAGGUGACGCGAAGGAUGUUCGAUGUGAAUGUCCUCGCUGUGGUUUCUGUCACCCAAGCCUUCGCGCCUCUACUGAUGGCAUCCAAGGGAGCUGUGAUUAACAUUGGCUCCAUAGCCGGGAAAGGGCCUUUCCCCUUCCAAGGCUUUUACAACGCAUCAAAGGCUGCGGUUAAUCUGCUUACAGAUCAGCUUCGGAUUGAGCUCGAGCCAUUUGGGAUAAAGGUCAUUCUCGUUGUAAGUGGCACGGUGCGAACGCGUUUUUUCCAGAACUUGCCGGAAUCUCAACUUCCCGAGCACUCGAUAUAUGGCCCUGCCCGAAAGGAGGUGGAGUAUAUCCUAUCAGGCAGUGUAGCGCAAUCUUCUGCGAUGGAGGUCGCCCAAUUUGCACAAAGGGUUGUGCAUAAUGCGUUAAAGGACCGGCCUACUGUUUAUCAUUGGGUUGGAGGCUCCGUAGCAUCUGUCUGGACAGUUUCAACUCUUCUGUGGCAUACAGCUUGGGACUUUCUUCUUCCAAAAUACUAUAAUCUCGCUUCGGUUGGAGAAAAGGUCAGGUUGUCUUUAUAG